GUCAUUUACAUUUAGUCAUGUAAUUUGAAAUAAAUUGUCAGACAAAAUUCUCAGUUAUACAUUGCAAAAAUAUUUUAUUUAAUAUAAGUUUUUAAAUUUUUAAAAGUCUCGCUUAAUCGUUCAACUAAUAUCGAUUGGGGCCAAUUACUAUCGAUUAUGCAUGAUGAUAUGGAAGUGGAUACAUCAGAUGAAGAUAUAGAACAUAUAAAUCUGGAUAAUUCAUCACCUACUUUAAUUGAUGUUAUUGAUUUAACUAAAGAAUCACCAAGAAACAGACCUUCACAACCUGGACGUACUAGAAAUGCAUCUGCAAAUCCUUACGUAACUAAAUCAAGUGCAUCAUAUCAACAUAGACGUGUCGUGCUUCCUAUAGUUCUAGGAAGGAGACAAAAUCGAACAGAUUUUCCUCCAAUGAAAAGAAGAAUGCGUAACAAUAAUGAAAUUGUGAAUCUUGAUGAUACUAUUGUACUUGAAGAAAAAAAGAUGAAGAAGCAGGUAAACAAAAACGGAUAAACAAGAAGCAGAUAAAUAUUACACAUUUCAGUCAGAUAAUGCAGAUAAUAAAGUGCCA